UUGCAUAGUUGGCAGAGACGAUAGGCGAUCAACUACGGACGAUUACCCUCUGCGAAGAGUCAUACUGUGCUCGCAAUACCCUGUCUCCGGGUAUCCCUCUGCUAUUGAUCUAAUGUAGACCGGUCAUCUUGCCAGGCACCAGGAACAGGACCUCACCAGCCACUAUCACCCGUACUCCGAGACUACUAUUUCACGAUCGCGUUCUACCAGUCGUUCUCCUUAUACUCUCUUACACUCUCUUAACGAUGCACUUCUCCCGCAUCCCUCUCCUGCUCGCCUACCUCCACCUCGCCUGCUCCUCUCAACCUUCCGCCCCUGCCCCAAUCACCGCGACACUGCGUCCACUUCCUUGGGGCCAACUCAACUUUCUCCACACGACCGACACCCAUGGCUGGCACGCAGGCCACCUUCAAGAGCCCCAGUACUCUGCUGACUGGGGUGACUACAUCUCCUUCGCUCACCACUUGCAGCAACGAGCAGACGCUGAUGGCUCAGACUUACUUCUGAUCGACACCGGCGAUCGCGUGGAAGGCAACGGACUAUACGACGCCAGUAAUCCGAAGGGCAAGUACACGUUUGACAUCAUGAAGCAUCAGCGGAUUGAUGUGAUUACGACGGGGAAUCAUGAGCUCUAUGCUGCGAAUACCAGUGUAAGGGAAUUUGAGGAGGUGGUGCCAGACUUUAGAGAUGCGUAUAUUGCGAGCAAUCUGGACAUCUACCACCCGAAGACGGGCAAGCUGGAGCCUCUGGCGCCGAGGUUCAGACAGUUCACGACGAAGAAUCAAGGCAUCCGGAUCGUGACGUUUGGGUUCUUGUUCAACUUUCACGGCAAUGCGAACAAUACCGUCGUGCAGCCUGUCGAAGAUACGGUCAAAGAGCAGUGGUUUCAGGACGCAAUCAGGACGGAGGACGUAGACCUGUUCGUCGUAACCGGCCAUGUACCCGUAAGAGACAGUCAGGAGUUCGAUGUUAUUUACAAAGCGAUCCGCGACGCGAAGUGGGAUACCCCGAUCAUCCUUUUCGGCGGGCACACGCACGUCAGGGACUACAAGAAGUACGGCAACAAAGCGUAUGCCAUGGAAAGCGGACGGUAUAUGGAGACACUUGGUUUCCUGUCAAUCUCUGGCUUGAGCACAGGCAAGAACGAUGUCGUACAUCCGGAAGCGAGUCUGACGUACCAACGCCGCUACGUCGACAACAACCUCUUCUCCCUCUACCAACACUCAGACACUGACGCCUCCACCUUCCCAACACCCCUUGGCACGAACGUCUCUGCCGCUAUCGCCUCUGCGCGCAAAGAUUUGAAUCUUGAUCACGCCUACGGCUGCGCUCCGCAGGACUACUGGCUUAACCGCGCUCCGUACCCUCAUCCUGACAGCCUUCUUUCACUGCUGAACGAGCAGAUCAUACCAGACGCAUUCGAGGAGGCCAUUAAGAAACCCAGUAUCGUCAUCACGAACAGCGGCGCGUUGAGGUUUGACAUAUUCGAAGGACCCUUUACGAUCGAUACCACGUUUCUGGUCUCGCCGUUCACGAGUGGGUUUAGGGUGUUGAGGGAUGUACCUUAUGAGGCGGCGGCGAAUGUGUUGAAGCUCUUGAACAAUGAAGGACCGAUAAUGCUUCCGGAUUUGCUCGCGUUAGCGGACAAUGGGAAUGUCGUAUUGCAUGAUCUGCUACCACCGCUGCCGCCGGCAACCGAGCAUAGUCUGCGCGCGCAGCAGAGAGUAACGGGUGAAGGGCAGAUCAUGCUCCAUGCCGAUGAUCCUGCGCUAGUACCCGGCUACACAACUACAGACGACGCAGGUAAAGAUGGAGACGACACCCUGCACGCUCCCAUCCAAUUCUACAACGUGCCGAACUGCGUAGCGGCGAACAUUGGCUUCACACCCAAGGCGAACCCGGAAAAGGUCGAUAUAGUGUACAACGAGUUCAUCCAAGACUGGGUGUUGUUGGCGCUGACGUAUUUGGGUGAGGAGCGGAGCAAGGAGGAGACGGAGAUGGUGUUGGGCGGGAGGAGCAUGACGGAAGUGAUUAGUGGAUGGGUAGGGGAGAAGUGGAAGUGCUGAUCGCGACCGUAACAGAAAGUCUACAUUCGUUGUAUGCUUUUACUGAGUUCGUUGUCCUCACCAAGGUCUUCAGUCAUAUUCAAGCUGUUAUGCCGUGCACUUGUGAGCGUGGCUCAUCCGGACAAUGUAAGGACCGAGCUUGUACAGUCUACAUUUGCAGCCUCAUAACCAGAAUGGAGUCCACAAGCAUCUCAUCACUUGCGCAAAC